AUGGCCGCGCUCACCCAGGACCCGCAGUUCAAGAAACUGAAGACGUGGUACGAGCAGCACGGCUCUGACCUCAACUUGCGCCGCCUUUUCGAAGGGGACAGGGACCGCUUUAACCGCUUCAGCUUGAACCUCAACACCAACCAUGGGCAUAUUCUGGUGGACUACUCCAAGAACCUGGUGACGGAGACUGUGAUGCAGAUGCUGGUGGACCUGGCUAAGUCCAGGGGUGUGGAGGCUGCCCGGGAGCGCAUGUUUACCGGUGAGAAGAUCAACUUCACUGAGGAUCGGGCUGUGCUGCAUGUAGCCCUUCGGAACCGCUCAAACACACCCAUUUUGGUGGAUGGUAAGGAUGUGAUGCCAGAGGUCAACAGAGUCCUGGAGAAGAUGAAGUCUUUCUGUCAGCGUGUCCGGAGUGGUGAAUGGAAAGGGUACUCGGGCAAGGCCAUCACGGACGUCAUCAACAUCGGCAUUGGUGGCUCUGACCUGGGACCCCUCAUGGUGACUGAAGCCCUCAAGCCGUACUCUGCAGAAGGUCCCCGGGUCUGGUUUGUCUCCAACAUUGACGGGACUCAUAUUGCCAAAACGCUGGCCACCCUGAACCCCGAGUCCUCUCUCUUUAUCAUUGCCUCCAAGACCUUCACCACCCAGGAGACCAUCACUAACGCAGAGACGGCGAAGGAGUGGUUUCUGCUGUCGGCCAAGGACCCUUCUGCAGUCGCGAAACACUUUGUUGCCCUGUCCACCAACACUGCCAAAGUGAAGGAGUUUGGAAUUGAUCCUCAAAACAUGUUCGAGUUCUGGGAUUGGGUGGGAGGCCGCUACUCGCUGUGGUCAGCCAUCGGACUCUCCAUUGCCCUGCACGUGGGAUUUGACAACUUCGAGCAGCUGCUGUCAGGGGCUCACUGGAUGGACCAGCACUUCCGCACAGCGCCCCUGGAGAAGAACGCCCCUGUGCUGCUGGCUCUGCUGGGCAUAUGGUACAUCAACUGCUUUGGGUGUGAGACGCACGCCAUGCUGCCCUAUGACCAGUACCUGCACCGCUUUGCUGCCUACUUCCAGCAGGGUGACAUGGAGUCCAAUGGGAAGUACAUCACCAAGUCCGGCGCCCGUGUGAACUACCAGACGGGCCCCAUUGUGUGGGGGGAGCCAGGGACCAAUGGCCAGCACGCCUUCUACCAGCUCAUCCACCAAGGUACCAAGAUGAUACCCUGCGACUUCCUCAUCCCUGUCCAGAGCCAGCACCCCAUAAGGAACGGUUUGCAUCACAAGAUCCUCCUGGCCAACUUCUUGGCCCAGACUGAGGCCCUGAUGAGGGGGAAGUCGACAGAGGAGGCCAGGAAGGAGCUACAGGCUGCUGGAAGGAGUCCAGAGGACUUUGAGAAGCUGUUGCCCCACAAGGUCUUUGAAGGAAAUCGCCCGACCAAUUCUAUAGUGUUCACCAGACUCACGCCAUUCAUUCUUGGAGCCUUGAUUGCCAUGUAUGAGCACAAGAUCUUCAUUCAGGGCAUCAUCUGGGACAUCAACAGCUUUGACCAGUGGGGAGUGGAGCUGGGAAAGCAGCUGGCUAAGAAAAUUGAACCUGAGCUUGACGGCAGCAGCCCAGUGACUUCUCACGACUCUUCUACCAAUGGGCUGAUCAACUUCAUCAAGCAGGAGCGCGAGGCCAGAAGCUAA